GUACACCUGUGCAAGACUGAAGGGGAGGUGCCGGUACACCUGUGCAAGACUGAAGGGGAGGAGCCAGUACACCUGUACAAGACUGAAGGGGAGGAGCCGGUACACCUGUGCAAGACUGAAGGGGAGGAGCCGGUACACCUACGCAAGACUGAAGGGGAGAAGCCGCCACACCUGUGCAAGACUGAAGGGGAGGAGCCGGUACACCUGUGCAAGACUGAAGGGGAGGAGCCGGUACACCUGUGCAAGACUGAAGGGGAGGAGCCGAUACACCUGUGCAAGACUGGAGGGGAGGAGCUGGUACACCUGUGCAAGACUGAAGGGGAGGAGCCAGUACACCUGUGCCAGACUGAAGGGGAGGAGCCGCUACACCUGUGCCAGACUGAAGGGGAGGAGCCAAGACACCUGUGCAAGACUGAAGGGGAGGAGCCAAGACACCUGUGCAAGACU